GAAAAUGCGUGACAAGAACAUCACUUGUGGAGAGAAAAGAUCCAUGGCUGGUCGAGCGGGACAUUCUAGUGAGUGAAGGGCUCUUGUCGGAGAUGACGACGGUUGAGCGAGACGUCCCGGUCAGUGAAGGGCUCCUGUGGGAGAUGACAAUGGACGUUGAAUAAAUUGAAGGGAAGAGGCCGUUACCCACUCAGCAGUUUCACUGGGUUUUCUGACUAUGCCAAGGCCACAGGCGCACUAAACUGCUUGCUUCAAAAAGCAUCUUCAACUGGUCUCUUUCUUUUGCCUUUUUCGUCUUCUUUUUUUUGUCCAGGGAGAAAAAGCAGGAAAGAGAAACGGUGCUUAAAUUGAAUUCCGCUGGUUUUGCCAUCGGAGAUCGGGAAAAACCUUCUGAAACGAUGUCGGGGCGGCGGGACGUGCCCUUGAUGAGAGGCAACGGCCAGUCGAUCCGGGGGUCGAGAAUCGCCAUAGCCAUCGGGAUCGGCAUCCUCCUUGGCUCCGUGUUUGCAUUCCUUUACCCCGAGGGCUUGUUCCUUCGUUUUCCGCGCUCGGAAGAACGCUUCCAGGUGAAUUCAACUAAUUGUGGAUCUUCCGAGCGAUUCAAGACAUUGAGGUCCGAGCUGAGUUCGUUGCUGAAGAAGAAUGAGGAAUUGAAGAAGCAGAUUAGAGAGCUAACCUUGAAGAAACAAUUGGCAGAAAGAUCAAAGGAGCAUGCUGAGAAACAAUUCCUUAUGCUGGGGAAACAACAUAAAGCUGGGCCCUUUGGUACUGUUAGGAGUCUGAGGACCAACCCAGGCGUCAUUCCUGAUCCGACCAUCAACCCUAGACUGCAAAAGAUUCUUGAAAAGGUGGCCGUCAAUAAGGAGCUCAUAGUUGCCGUGGCAAACACCAAUGUUCAGGAUAUGCUGGAGGUCUGGUUCAACAGCAUCAAGCAUGUGGGUAUACCCAAUUAUCUAGUUGUAGCAUUGGACGAUGACACAGAGACCUUCUGCAAAACAAAGGGUGUUCCGGUCUACAGAAGAAAUCCGGAUGAAGGUGUGGAUUCUGUUGCUAAGAAUGGUGACAAUCAUGCUAUUUCUGGAUUGAAAUUCAGAAUUCUGAGGGAGUUCUUGCAGAUGGGAUACAACGUUCUUCUCUCGGAUGUUGACAUUGUCUACUUGCAGAACCCCUUCGAGCAUCUGUAUAGAGAUUGCGAUGUGGAGUCCAUGACUGAUGGUCAUGACAACGGGACAGCCUAUGGAUACAAUCAUGUCUUUGAUGAGCCUGCAAUGGGUUGGGCCCGCUAUGCUCACACGAUGCGCAUAUGGGUUUAUAAUUCUGGCUUCUUUUACAUUAGGCCCACCUUUCCAUCUAUUGAGCUUUUGGAUCGUGUUGCAGCGAGACUUGCGAAGGAUCGUAAGUUGUGGGAUCAAGCGGUUUUCAAUGAGGAGCUCUUCUUUCCUUCUCACCCUGGAUAUGAUGGUCUCCAUGCCUCAAAGAGAACUAUGGAUUUCUAUGAAUUUUUGAAUAGCAAAGUCUUGUUCAAGAGUGUCAGAAAAGACCCCAAUUUGUCCAAGAUAAAGCCAGUGAUUGUUCACAUAAAUUAUCAUCCUGAUAAGCUUUCUAGGAUGAAGGCAGUUGUGGAAUAUUACGUGAAUGGGAAGGAAGAUGCUCUGAAAAACUUUCCUGACGGUUCUGAUUGGUGAAAACUUCACAACGUAUAACUGUUGGUCUAACUGGAGGCCUUGGCUUGACACGAAUACUGUUGGGGAAGAUGACACAUUUACUAGAUUUACCUUUUCAAGGUUAAAUAUGUACUUUUAGUGUUGUUCCAUGAUUUAGUUUAAUUACAAAGUUACAUUUUUUUGAGAUAUCUAAUGGCUAAAUAUAUCGUUGCCCA